UGGAACCUGCAAAUUCAAUUCUUGAGCACAUUCUACAAGACUGAGUCAUCAGAAUGGCUGCUUUAGGGUUGGAGAUACUAGGAGUCACACUUGCCAUGUUAGGCUGGAUUGUGGGCAUCUUGUCCUGUGCUUUGCCCAUGUGGAAGGUCACAGCUUUCAUCGGGGUGAAUAUUGUAACAGCACAGACCAUAUGGGAAGGAAUCUGGAUGAACUGUGUGGUCCAGAGCACCGGACAGAUGCAAUGUAAAGUCUAUGACUCGAUGCUGGCGCUCAGCUCAGACUUACAGGCGGCUCGGGCUCUCUGUGUGAUCGCCAUCAUGAUGGGCGUGCUCGGGCUCCUGCUCGCCAUGGUUGGGGCCAAGUGCACUAAAUGUGUCGAAGAGGAGCGCAUCAAACCCCGAGUUAUGAUCACCGCCGGGGUCACCUUCAUUUGUGUGGCGGUCGUGCUCUUGAUCCCUGUAUGUUGGUCUGCUCACAGUAUCAUCAGGGACUUCUACAACCCCAUAAUCAUCGAGCCUCAGAAAAGGGAAAUAGAAGUCAUGUCUUUAGGGUUGGAGCUAAUCGGUCUUGUGUUAUGCGUGCUGGGCUGGCUCUUAGCCAUUGUGGCUUGCACUCUGCCCAUGUGGAGGGUCACAGCCUUCAUUGGCUCCAACAUUGUGACGGCUCAGAUCAUCUGGGAUGGUUUGUGGAUGUCCUGCGUGGUCCAGAGCACCGGACAGAUGCAGUGCAAAGUCUACGACUCCAUGCUGGCUCUCUCUCAGGAUCUUCAGGCAGCUCGAGCCCUUACUGUCAUCUCCAUCCUUCUCACUGUCCUGGCUGUGCUGGUGUCCAUCGGUGGAGCAAAGUGCACCAACUGUAUCGAGGAUGAGUCUUCCAAAGCGAAAGUCAUGAUUCUAGGUGGAGUGCUUUUCAUUGUGGCAGGGCUGAUGCAGCUCAUUCCUGUGUCCUGGUCGGCCAACAGCAUCAUCAGGGACUUCUACAAUCCUUUGCUGCCUGAUGCCCAGAGAAGGGAGCUCGGAGCCGCACUAUACAUCGGCUGGGCAGCAGCUGCACUCUUGAUCAUGGGUGGUUCUUUGCUCUGUUGCUCCUGCCCUCCACAGGAUAAAAAACACAACCCGUCUAGAAUGCUGUACCCGACGUCUCGCUCCACAGCUGGUGGUGGGUAUGACAGAAGAGACUAUGUAUGAAAUAAAGAAAGGAGAACUCUGAAUUCAAAUUUGCAGUGUUCAAUGUGGGGCUUCAUUUUCUAGAAGAGGGAAAACAUGCCACACAGACUCCAUCAUGAGGGAUCAUGUUUGAUGAAGUUGUUUGAUGUUUGUUCUGUUGGUCUCUAUGUAAGUAUGUUUAGAGUAUUCAAACAUUUUCUCAAAAUCGCAACAAAACUUGAUUUUCUAUGUUGAAGUGAAUAAUGUGGAUUUUACAUUUGCUGGUCCGUUUUUCGAAUGGUUAGGACUAGUUGAAGAAAGUUUUUCUUGCCAGUAUUGAAUUGCUUGGACACUUUUCUGAACAUAAAUGAGACUAUGAGAAUUCUCACGUUUUUACCUUUUCUUAUGUACUAUCUUGAUAUACAGUGUCAACUUUUAAAUUCUAUUUCCAUACUGUACCGUUGUUCACUUUUAUAUUGUAAAUGAUUCAUACAAAAAUUUGUAUGUCAUUUAUAUUUAUACAAUAUUGUAAUUGAAUUCAAAACAAAAUGUUCAUAAUAAAAGGUUUUAGAAAUUGGGUUACACUUUACAUUAAUGUUUCUUUUGUUAUGAUUUUAUGAAGGGGUACAUUAAUGACCAAUAACUCAUUUAUGAAUGCAUUAUAAAUCAUUGAUAUGAGGUUAUAACGGCAUGAAUAAAAAGGGUGGCUGUCAUGCAAUACUUGCCAUUUUACUUUACAUGUUAUAAAUGCUUAAUAACACUUAUUCAACAUUAGUAACCUAUUAAUGUGUACCUUAAAGGAAUAUUCCAGGCUCAUUAGAAAGCAUUUGUGGCAUAAUAUUGAUUACCACAAGUCCCUCCUUUUCUUUAAAAGCAAACAGUGAGGUAACUGUGUUGUACUUAAAAUAGAAGUUAAUGGAACCAAUCCAUAAACAUUAAAAUACUCACUUUAUUAAAAGUAUAGCCACAAAAGUAUAUGUUUACAUGAUUUUAGUGUGAUAAAUCGUUCACUAACCUUUUCUGUGUAAAGUUUUAGCCAAUUUUACAACUUCGUUGCCAUGACGAUGUAAUGUCAACAGUGCCUACAACCAUAAAAUGACAAUUCUUACAAGUUACUCAAAUAACACAUGAGUUUUACAAGGAGAAUUAGCAGAAUGUAAGUGCUUUUAUAAAAUUAUUAUGCACUACGACUUCAUCAUUUAUGUCCUUAAACCCUCCAAUUCACUUCCAUUGUAAGUGCCUCACUGUAACCUAUUUUGUUUUUGUGGUAAUCAACAUUUUGACACAAAGGUGAUCGAUUGAGCUUAACUUGUAUUGAACCCGGAAUAUUCCUUUUAUGUACACACAUAUGAAACAUUUAUAACCGAAGCAUAAUGGUCAUCAGACUUUAUGCAGAGGAUACAUGCUCUUGAUUAAAAUAAGUAUGAAUAAGCAACUAAUAUUGGCAUUAUAUUAAUGUUGUUUAGCCAGAAUGGCCCCCACAGUGAGCCUGGUUUCCCACAAGGUUAUUUUUCCCCAUCAACCAACAUCUUAUGGAGUUUUGUGUUCCUUGCCACAGUCUCCAUUAGCUUGCUAACUGGGGGUCUAAAUACAAAUAUUAUUUACUUUACAAAUUUAUUAAGGCACAAUCAACAAUCACAUUUUUUAUCAAACCUCACAAUGAUGACUAUAAGAUAUUACAGACAUUACAGAUUCAUUUUUUAUAAUUUUUGUAAAGCUGCUUUUUUAUUUAUUUACACGAUGUGUUGUAAAAAACGCUAUACAAAUAAAC